AGGAAACUCUCUUCUGUUGACUUCGUAACUUGGCAUAUAUGAAGGGAUUUCCCGAUGCACAUAUCAUGUUUCACAUGUACUUCCACCUUGCUCUAACUUUUAGUCUGCUUUUACAAGUCUUUCAUACCCAAUUUCCAAGUCAGCUACUGUGUUAACCAGAGAAAUUACUUAUAUUAGUGACUUAAGAUGAACAGAAGCUACAAGAACACGUGGUUUUGAUUAAGAGUAAGGGAUUCUUGGUGGUGAUUGGAAUCUUGAAAUGGCUUCUGUCUUUCUGUGUGUUUUUUUUUUAAUCUCGCACCUUGUGUUGCUUUAUUCGGCUGAAGGAGAAGAGAUAUACCCCCCAGGCUGUCCGCCCUUUGUUUGCGGAAAAGUCGGCAUGAUUCGUUUUCCAUUCGCCAAUGACACAAGCCCAGAAUGCGGUUUGCUCAUCUUACAUGAUUGCGGAGAUCCACAUCAAAAGAAAACCCCGAAGAUCAAACUGGAGAGGAAUGGAACACUACUGUCGUACGAUGUUGAAACCAUCUCUCAGGCUAAUACCAUACAAAUUAAAGACCCACAAUUGCAGUCUGUGUUGGAUUCCAAUAGUUGCGGAUCCUUAAAAAAUUGGACUCUUCCCAGUCCCAGCUCUCCAUCCAUCUCUUUUCAACGAGUCUCACACAACCUGACCCUGUUCAAAUGCAACCGCACUCUCAAUAUUCCUCCCCCUACAGGUUUUAAUAGAACAAAUUGCAGUAACUAUGACAUCUAUUAUGGUCCUCCACAUUAUAAUUUAACGCCCUCUCCACCUAAAUGUCCAAUUAUUCAGCUCCCAUUGAACUGGCAAAAUAAAGGUAAUGACCUAUUUAGAUUGUUAUCUGCUGAGAUUCUUCUUGAAGUGCGUGUGACUGAAGAUUGUCGCGAGUGUUAUAUCAAAGGUGGUCAGUGUAAGACUGACAACAAAGGAAAAUAUUAUUGUACCAAAGGGACGAAAGGGAAUAGCAAAAGGGUAUUAGUGAUUGGAUUUGCUACUGGAUGCUCGGCCCUCAUAAUUUUCUUGGUCAUUGGCGUUGCUACCUGGGUUGUUUACACGAAAAAACAUGCUUCGCAAAAAUUGCUUUCGAAGACUACUUAUUCUGAUAGAUCCUCAAGAUCAGACCUGGAAGGGGGCAGCGUCUAUUUUGGAAUCCCUGUUUUCUCCUACACAGAACUUGAAGAAGCUACAAACAAUUUUGAUAUUGAGAAAGAACUAGGAGAUGGAGGAUUUGGAACCGUCUAUCAUGGCAAACUCCGUGAUGGGCGGGAAGUUGCAGUCAAGCGCCUAUACGAACACAACUACAGACGAGUAGAACAGUUCCUGAAUGAAGUUAAAAUCCUUACGCGCUUGCACCACAAAAAUCUUGUCUCCCUUUAUGGGUGUACUUCACGCCAUAGCCGUGAACUACUUCUUGUGUAUGAGUUCGUGCCUAAGGGUACUGUUGCUGAUCAUAUUCAUGGCGAUCGGGCAACACCAGGUUCACUCAAAUGGGCAACUCGUUUGAGCAUUGCCAUAGAAACUGCCAGUGCUUUGGCUUAUCUCCACGCUUCUGACAUCAUACAUCGUGACGUAAAGACUAAUAACAUUCUCCUUGAUGACAACUUUUGCGUCAAAGUUGCGGAUUUUGGGCUUUCUCGGCUGUUCCCCAAUGAUGUCACCCAUGUCUCUACUGCUCCUCAAGGGACACCGGGCUAUGUUGAUCCAGAAUACCACCAAUGCUACCAGCUUACUAGUAAGAGUGAUGUUUACAGCUUUGGAGUUGUCCUUAUCGAGCUCAUAUCAUCUCUGCCAGCUGUUGAUAUGGCUAGGCAUAGGCCUGAAAUUAAUUUGGCUAACUUAGCCAUAAACAAGAUUGAGAAGUGUGCAUUCCAUGAGUUGAUUGACCCACAUCUUGGAUUUGAGUCGGAUAAUGAAGUUAAAAGGAUGGCCAUGUCGGUGGCAGAGUUGGCCUUUCAAUGUAUACAAGAGGACAAGGAAAUGAGGCCUUCCAUGGAUGAGGUUUUGGAGGCUUUGAAAAAAAUUCAAAGUGGUAACAAUGAUCCAGAGGAAAAGGCAUAUGAUGAUGCUGGGAUCUUGAAUGUGCAGCAAACAGCUUCACCGGAUUGUGAUGAGGUUGGAUUGUUGAAGACCAAGCAACUGCCGCCACCUUCACCAAAUGAUGUGACUGGUAAUUGGACUAGUAGGUCUACCACACCUAACGUGUCAGUGACAAUGCCCAAUGGAUGUGAUACAAUCAAAUGAUAAUGUUUGAGGGAAUAUGCAUAUUAUUAAGUGGAGUUAUAGUGAUGUUCUUAUUUUGUAAAAUAUUCUGACCAACCCCCUCCCCCUCCCUCUCCCCCAGAACCCCUUUCGCUUUUGAUUAACUUAUUUUCGGAACUUGUACCAAAUAAGAAAUAUGCAGUGGACUACAUGGUUUAAAUGGAUAAUAUUUUGCCAAGAGCUUUGUAGUUCAUUUGACUCUUCUUAUUUCUAUGUGUGUGUUUGGAUAGAACUUAUUUUGCUGAAAUUGAAAAUUGAAAACUGAAAACACUGUAGCAAAAUAAUUUUUAAAUGUGUGAAUAGUGCUGUGGGACCCAUUUUUUAUGAAAAAAUUGAUAAAAAAUGAAAUUUGUGGGUCCGUGAACAGUGCACAUGUGUACUGUUCACUGCAGAAAGUCAAGAUUUGUGGUUACUGUUCAAUGAACAGUAACCGCAAUACUCCAAAAACGCGUGAAAACCAAAAAAAAAAAAAAAAGAAAGAACAAAAACGCAGAUCCAAAAACGCAGCCGUGGAUCCAAACACACCCUAAAUAAGACAUUCAUGGUUUAAAUCUCUCUUUCCAUUGUAAUUAUUAAAUUUAUUAAAAAGAAUUUUUAAUACUUUAUUGCUCAAGCAUUGAUGGCAAUGCCCAAUGGACGUGAUAAAAUCAAAUGUUCUCGUUAUAUAAUUGUGGCUUCAAGAACAUAUCUGCAUAUCAAUAAAUUAAUCACAUUUAUGUUUU